AUGUUACUUCGUUACCCCUUUUUCACGAUUCUCGCCUUGCUCGCCAUUCCAACAGGAGUAUUAUCACGAAGAGAUGACUCUAGCAGCGGCAGCGGCAGCGACAGUGGCAGUGAUAGCGGCAGCGACAGUAAUACCUACAACAACAAUCACCGCAAUGACCACAACGAUUCUGAAGAUAGUGCUCAGACCUCUUCAUCUACGACAUCCUCGGGCAAGCCCAAGUGCACAGAUUCCCACCGCCUGGACUUUGACGACCUUCAACCUUCGCACUACGAUAAAUACAAUCGGGACCCACGCCGUGGUAAUGCCAGUGCUUACAGCGACUUGGAUGGUGUCUUCUUCAAGGGCGAAGCCAGUCUCAAAUACACAAUCACAACACCACCCACAAAUCUGACAGAAGGUGACAUCGUUGGUUCAUCUUUGAUCACAUGUCCCGUUGGCAAACAAUCCAUGCGCAUGCUAGGCGCUGCAUGGGUCGCUGCCAAAGCUCCUGCUCCACCAGGACCUGUCAAUCCCAUCGCGUUAGGGUUCAAGGCCUGGAAGAGCAACACACGCGUCUCGGAUAUCGACAAUUCAUACAGCGUGUGUGAGAACCUGGAUCUUAUACGGCUCACCACAACUGUGGACUGGAUCACAGAAAAUGCAGUCCAGGCCAUGGACGCCGUUGCAUUAAACAUAACUCAAGCAGCUGGUAACAGCAGCAAGAUUCUGUUUGACGGCGCCUAUGAUCUCAAGAACUGGACAGAUAGGAAACGGGACUUUUUGGAAGGAGCACACUAUGACAAUGCCGGUCUUUAUGAUCAGAUGAUUGCUCUUCCGGAUAGUUUAUGCUCUGAAAAGAGCAAGUUGGGCAAAAUUCUUAUUGGAUGGCCUACUGGAACACACGUCAACGGGUCUAUGACCAAUGAAACUCUUGAGCUGAAUUUCUCUGGCGCUACAGUUGCUGGGUUUGAGCAUUCUGGUCAAAAAUGGCCGGACACCGACACAAAAGUAAAUGUGACUUUCGAGCUCACAUUCACGGGUCGUUUGGACGCAACAAAUUCCUCGCAGGUGGUUCUGACAGGGGCGUCGAGUCACAAUGGGUCUCUGGUCAGCUUUGAGAAGGUGACUGGUAGUGCCAAUGUCAUAAGUCACUCAUUGCACUGCAUACUUCUAUCUUUGUUGGUCAGUUUUGGGGUGAUGAUUUUAUGA